CCACUUGUGAGAACUUUCUUACGUUCAUUUUAAUUUUAAGUUUUACAGUGUAGCCUUUCUACCGGUGAGAUGGAUUAACGAUGGUCGUGGACAAUAUAAGAAGGAACGUUUUUUUUCUCUUAAUAUUGUUUCGUCCUUUCAAAGUUUUAAACAUAUGACAUAUACGCUGCGAGAUGAUUUUGGUUACAAUGUGGGAGAUCUCGCCAAUGGAGGCCCACAGUCCCGAAAUAAACUGGUCGCUCAGAGCGAGCGAGUGAGCUCAGGAGUGGAGUACCGUCUUUGCAGUUUGCGCGUUACAAGUACACCAACAACGCACAACAAAACAAGAAAGCCACACCCCCGCCAUCUUGGAUUAUAUAGACCUUCAGCUCUGGAGUGUGAUUAUGUCCAUACUAGGAGGAUACGGCAUAACCAAGAACGUCAUAAUCGUUUGAAGAUAAAUGAACGUAAAGUUGCUCAAGACUGAUGCAAACUACAAUCAAAAUUAUCCUUCAAUAUCACUAAUUUUUUUAAGAUCUCGGUAAAAUUUGGAAUUACUCUUAUGAGUAAUGACAAAAGGAAACAGAGCGUGUUGAUUUGUUUUAAUGCCUUAUUUGUAAACAUGGUCACGGAAAAUUCUAAUUCUUGUCAAAACCAUCGCCACCACCAUAAGCACCAUCGUCACCACCAUAAGCACCACCGCAGACACAGCAGCUGUAAGGAUAAUGUUGACACUAAAAGACUUAAGAAGCUUAUAAACAAUGACACAGCCGGUGCCAGGAAUGGAGAGGAAGGCAGGUCCAGAGAGGUGUCUGAGGAAAAGUCCGGUACCACCAAACAAGAAAGAAAACACCUUGCAGGAAGGGUGUUGAGGAAUAGACGAUAUAAACGACCCUUCGAAGAUAAUCGCCACACGAAGCGUCUGUUUACACCAGAGAUAAAGCGGUUCCUGAAAAGUUGGCUGGUCAGGCGACGUGACAACCCGUACCCUAGCCGGGACGAAAAGAAGGACCUUGCCGUGCAGACAGGACUCACGUACAUACAGAUAUGCAAUUGGUUUGCAAAUUGGCGUCGCAAACUGAAGAAUGCGGGAUGUGAAGCUCCGCACCAUACAUGGGGUAAUCUAAUCAAAAGCUACAACACAAAAGCUCAGGGUAAUGUGGAGCAGUUCAGCCUGUGUUCUGAUGAUAGCAUUUGGGAGGAACAAGAGAUUUCUGACAGAGAACAUGAUGAAACGAAUGGAGUUGGAGAAACUGUUGCACCACUGUCAUAUGUGAUCAAUGCCACAGCAAUGGAUCACAGCUAUUCUACUUUAUAUCAUCAACAAAAUUCACAUACUUCAUCCGCUGCACUGCUAAUGGAAAACAUGAAUUCAGAAACCAGAUCUCAGAACCAUCAUAACGAACAGUGUGUGAAUUUUACAGUGUCAACCAAACGGUUACGAUCAGAAAUGACCGGUACAGUAAAACCGGAACACGCGGUUCCCCUAGAUCAGUCUUCGGGUUCUACCAAUAAAUACAAGAAUGUCAUCAUGGAAAAAUACCUAACAGAUCUGAGAGUUUGCCAGGAGUUGUCAUCAGAACCCACUAUCAUGAAGAGAGAGACAAUGUCAUCACGACAAACAAAGAAACACUGCAGAGAUUCUGAAAGUGACAAUGUAGAAUUUGGACAACAUAACACUGAUGGCAAUAUCUAUACUGAUACAUCAUGCAACAGAGUUAUAGAAAGUGGUAUUAUAAAUAAUGGUUGUGGAAAUAUUACUAGAAAAUGUAAAUGCCAAAAGAAAGAUGAAAGUCAUCCUCUAGAAUUAUCCAAAUGGUUAGAAAGUGCAGCCAAAUUCAAGCCAGGACAAAACUAUGUAACGUGGUCCGGCAAGAACACCACAUGGCAAUCAAGUUCUUGUGAAAUAAAGGAGGCCCCACAAUGGAAUGUGACAGCAACUGAUGGAGGAAACUACUGGUCAAUUGGACAACACCACAGGGAAGAACUUGAUGCUGCUGAGGCACUGACUCAUCUCUCAAACCUUCAUCAGUGAAUUGCAAUCAUACAAAAGACUGGGAAGAAACAGAAGCAUCCUAAAGAUGCUGGAGACAUUAGCUACAACUCAGAUAAUGGGGAGGAUAUAUGUGAGCAUACAAUGUUCAUGUCCAAAAUAAUGAGAUAAAAUGUAAUUCAAGACUUUCGGAUAACGCACGCAUAAGGACUAAUAGGUAAUCAGAUGGUUUCCAGUAUUUAAUUCAGAUUGUUCUAGAUAUUGUCUCUUUAGAAUUCAUACUUCAAACUUGAAUUUCAGCUAAAUCGACAAUUUAAAAGAUGUAUUACCAUGUUACAAAUUACAAGAAACAGACAAACCAACAAUUUCUUAGACUAGUAAAUUAAUUCCAAAUGUUACUAAACAUUCCACAUGGCAGCUGAAAAUAUGAAAGGGGAAUGUCUUGUUUUAUAUCGUAAAACUUGUAUCUUUAUAACAAAGAACAGUAUCUAUCAGCCCUGUGUUUUGUUUCUGGAUGACAAUUGCAUCUUGUGCCAGUCUGGUUCACAUAAUAUACAGAGCAUGUGUUCUCAACCUUUUCCAGACCUGGGGCCACAUUCUACCUUUCUUACUCAUUCACAAGUCACAGAAUUAUAAAUUUAUUAAACACCACAGCAAUCUUUUAAAAUGCUACUAAAUUAGGCCUUCAAUUUGAAAAUAAGUUAAUAUAUUAAGUUAGUCAAUAAUUUUCAGUAACAAAAUUAAGUCUUUGGUGACAUUUGACAGCACUUUUACUAGAGUAAUCUUUCAGUAUCAGGUUAAUUUCUGUUGCAUUUCAUACACGUCCCUACAACUGUUCAUCAGUAAAACGCAUCCUAGUUUUGAUUUGAUGUCCUUCAUUAAAAUGAACAGCUGCUCACGACUGGUAAUGCCAAAUACUGACAACACUAACAAAUCAUGUUUUAUGAUAAAAGAAACUACUUUUCAUCAUACAGAGUGACACAGCACUACAAUAAAUGUAUGUCAGCUGCACAGAACACAUCAGUGGGUUGCAUGUAGCCCAUGGCUUGAGAACCCCCCGAUUAAGAACUUAGCUGUCCCCAUCUUGAUAUCGCUCACCUCCUACCCAAUUGGUAUCAAGGGAACUUUUAGUAGAAGUAAAGUGACAGUGAACUUCCAUCUAAUACCAAGAUUAAGAAUGUGUAACGCAUUAAUCCACCUCCAAAUAUGCCUUUUUUAUGUGGUAAUUUUUACUCGUUUAUUUAGAAUACUGAUAAAAUGAGGAUUGUCACCAAAUUGCUUCCAGGGUACAGAGGACUUCAUCCUCCUUAUUAUGCAGCCUGAAGUAACCAGCACAGUGAUGUUAGCUUUGCUAUUCUGUGAGUUCUGAACUGUCUUCACUGCCUUGGGCUCUGUUGUUGCGUUGCGAUGUUGUACAGUUUUGCUGCGACCUUGAAGCAUGCAAUUUGGUGAUGGAUACUGUAUAGGUUGAACAAAAAAUGGAAGAUGAUAUUUAUUAAAUACUUUACAUUACGUACUCUUUGGUGAGAUAGGUACUAGCUAAUAAAAAAUUAAAUUUAACUUAAACAGAUCAAUGUCACUAUAAUUUGUGCGAGAAGAACAACUUCUGCAACUGAUGCUCAUUGCAUCAACACAGACUGCCAUGAUGAAUGUUUUGAAUAAAUUAUCAGUGACACUUCAGCAUUUGUAUGAAAAAUUAAACAGUUCAUGUUAAUAAAUUAUUAUAGUGACUACAUUAAACUUUCAUAGGACAUUAAUGGAUGUAUAAAACUGAAUAUUACAUAAAUCUUCAUUAGACUUGCUGUAAGUGGCUCAGUGGUGCUAAAACCACUGGUGUUAGAUUUGUAGUUUAUAAUCCAAAAUUAAUUAAUAUUUAGGCCAUGUGUACAGUAGACUCCCAGUUAUCAAAGUUGGUUGGGAAAUAUAUUUCCUAUAUAAUCAAAACCACAAACAAUCUGCAAAAUUUAAAGAAAAGCAUGCAAAUGUAACAAAUAUGUAAGUUCAUUUACAGACAUACAUUACUUACGUUCUUAAAGAAAUUUAUAUAAUAUUUAAUAAAGUUUUAAAAAUUAUUUUUUUUAAAAAAGGAUUCUAAUGGAUAGUAACAAUGUUCUUUAGUCUUAAACUUCAGGUUGUAGCAAGAAUUGAUUUAGGUUAAUAUGGUAAAUAAUGCCAUUGUUGUAUUUAUUUUUAAAUGUUUUUAAAUUUCACAAUAUAUUUUCUAAAUGAAUUUUUAAUUUACAUUUAAAUCAGAGAUGUCCCACAUAAUCCAUCCCAGAUAAUCUGGAGUCUACUGUAUUUACAAGUACUUCAGAAGAAUUAGUAUGAUCAUUUCCAAGCUCCUCAUCUGUACACAUGUCGAUAAAUACAUAGAUAAUUCAUGGCCAGUUAAAAAUAGAAGCUUAAUCUGAAAAGGAAACUGAUUUGCAGAAACAUCAUGAUCACUCAAUUAACACUGCACCAAAAAUCACAUCUUUCAAUAUAUAAUUUUACAGGAAUACAAAGAAUGUUCAUAUGUCUCUAAGAUUUUUCCCAAGAAAUUGUUUAAUUUGAUCAUUUGCUACAUAAUGUGCAGGGUUAACACAAACAAUAUUUAACCUGAAGUGGAAAAGUCAAUGGUAAGGAAAACAAAUCUCCAUUAAGAAAUGUUUCUGCGUUCUUCCAAAAAAGAAUUGACAAUUUCUUAAAUAUAUAUCUGGUAAAUAUAAGGCCCUCUCAAGAGAUAACUGUGUUCAAUUAAUUAAGAAAAUCUCUUUUGUCUCAGUGAAAAGAUUUUUGUACAAUUUUUUAAGUUGCCAAUUUUUGUAUGAUAUUAAUAUGGCAAAAUAUUUCCAAUACUAAAAUGUAUGGCUCAUCUAUACAAUGUAAAUAUGAUCCCUGAUGUUAAUACUCAUUUCAAGUGCCUAAAUUCCAUUAAAGCUGUGAUCUCAAGAAGGCUACGUCAGCUAAUUUGUGGUGUGUGUCAGUGCAGAA